ACAUAACCUAGACGUUAAAACUGUCGUUGUUCAAGAUUUAUCGAGGAAAGUUUAGUUUAGUUAUAUUUUAUGAAAUAAAGCUAGAGAAUUGUGAAUAUAAAAUAAAACUCAAAGAAGAACUUAUCUAUAUAGGUUAUUAACAGUUAACCAUAAAACAAACUAUGGUGAUAUAGAACGAUAGAUCGCAAUAAAGAUUAUUAAGCGCACUACUUUUAUUUAACGAAACGAAGAAAGUAAUAUGUUUAUUUUAAGGAUAUUUUUUGAAUUAAAAGAUUUACAUAAACGGUAAGAAAACGAUAAAACCGAAAAUGGCUUUCAUGAACAUAGCGCGUAAUUUAGCAUAUUCAAAUCCUUGCAAACAAUUUAAAUUAAUUGGUAAAACAAAAUUAUUACAUAAAUGCAUCAGAAAUAUAAGCAUUACUUCGCUUUUUAAAGCAAAAAUGCAUAUGGAAUAUGAAAAUAAAUAUGCAUUUACCAUUUUAGAAAAUAAAGGAUAUGCUAACAGCUUAAUAUCAAAACCAGCAGACAAUUUAUUAUCUUCAACACAAGUUCAAGAUAUACUGCAAACUGACUGGUCAAAUAAAUCUCCUAGUGAAGUUUUCAAGGUAUUCCCGGAAUUAGCUAUGUAUUCUGCACAAAAUAAUUUAUGUUUAUCAAAUACAAUGUUUGAUAAAUACAUAGACACUCUUACAGAUAAUAUAGCAUCAGCUACAGAUAAAGAAUUAGAAUCUUUAUUUUAUGCCAUCAACCUGUGGCCAGAUCCUCCAUCCAUUAGAACAAGAAAUUAUAUUGAAGUGUGGGCAGCACUGGAUGAUGAAUGUUUAAAUCGAGUCAAGCAAUGGUCAAAUGAUCAACUUCUGAAUUUUAUUACUUUCUUCUACAUGAUAAGUGUGAUAAGAAUGAGUGACUUUUGUGUUAAAACUUUGAAUAAGUUGGCAACAAAAGUAAAACAGUUGACUCCAGCACAAGUUGUUCAAACAACAUUUUUUGUUGGUGUGAUGAGAAAACAACCCUUUGAUGUGUAUAAUAUUGAACAUUAUUUAAAUGACAAUUUCACAAGUUUUACAGUUGAUGAUUUGGCAAUAAUGUCUAUGGGUUUUUUUAAAAGCAAAACACCAAUAAGAAAUUUAAAUAUAGUGUACAAAAUUAUUAAUAUAGUAAUGGAGAAUGCAAAUACUAUACAUGAAGUUUCUUUAGCUGCAUUAUUGAAAAUAAUUAGGUAUUCAUUGAAAAUUACUGUGAAUGAUGCAGUAUACCAGAUGUUGGAUGUAUUACAGCACCAAGUCCCCAGGUUGUCGGUUAUGUGCAAUGUUCACUUAGCCCUUGUGGGAACAGCAACCCUUACUUUGCACAAGGGUUGUUUAUCUACUAUAGCAGAACACACAAUUACACAAAUGUCAAAAACCAGAAUGAAAGACCUAGAACGAUUGGUUUUAUCAUAUGGAACAUUUACAUUGAAACCAGAUACAAAAGAAUGUUUUUUUACAAAAGUAAUGGAUGAAUUAAGAAAGGCAGAAAGAGAAGAAGAAAUUUUAAAACAUGGAAGAUCUUUUGCAUGUUGUGUGUCAUAUUUAGGCCUUCUUGGAAUAUAUCCUAUAGAUCUUAUGAGUAAAGCAUUAAGUAAGGACUUCUUGACAAUCACCUAUGGAAAACAAAUACAUUCUUAUGGAAGAGAGAUCCUAGUGAUUAAUAACAUGGCUGAAAUAUUUUGCAGUAAUGCUCAGAUGAAUCGGUUAGAUAAAAGAGAAACAAUAAUUUUAGCAAAAAAAUACACAGAUUUUGUACCUUCAGAGGAUUAUUCGAAACAAUAUAAUGUCACAGAAAGAAUGAUGUUAGAUGUAAUGAAGGUUUUGAAAGAUAGUAGAGGUGGCAAUGAAUUUGUUGUAGCUGAUCAUAUAUUACCACACCAUCAAAGAGGAGAUAUUAUUUUAUGUAAUGAUGCUCAGGGAAAGCCGUUACCAGUUAAAGAUUCUUUUUCGAAUAUUAAUUUUGGGGUUCUUAGAAGACCGCCCGACAAGAACAAAUGGAUCGUUUUGGUAAUAGCUGGAAGAAAUGCAAUUUUAUACGGUACUGAUAUACCAACUGGAUAUUUUCAUAUAAAAGUUAAUGAGCUACGAAAAUUAGGAUUUCAUGCAGCUUUGGUUCCAUGGUCAAUAUACUCCAAGUAUGACGCAAGAGAUGAUAAAGAAGAUUUUUUGGAUAGUAUAAUUAAUAAUGCAUUAAAAAAUACACCUGAAUGAAAAAUAAAAUAUUGAUAACUGAA